AUAGCCUAGGGCUUGGAGUAGUGUGCUUACUUAUUGGUACAUACUGGUUGUACAAAAUUUUAAAGAAGAGAAGGAAAAAGAACCUCCAGAUGCAGUUCUUCAAAGAGAAUGGAGGUUUAUUAUUGCAGCAACAACUUUCUUCAACUGAGGGUAAUAUUGAAAGGACCAAAAUAUUCAGCACCAAGGAGUUGGAGAGGGCAACUGACUAUUUCAACAAGAAUAGAAUACUUGGUCAGGGAGGCCAGGGCACUGUUUAUAAAGGAAUGUUGGUUGAUGGAAGAAUUGUUGCGGUUAAGAAGUCAAAAGUACUGGAUAAAGAGAAAGUUAAAGAGUUCAUCAAUGAGGUGGUCAUUCUUACACAAAUUAAUCACAGAAACAUUGUUAAGUUAUUAGGUUGUUGUUUAGAGACUGAAGUUCCUUUGCUAGUUUAUGAAUUCAUCCCUAAUGGGACACUUUUCCAGUACAUUCAUGAUGAAAAUGAAGACUUCCCGUUAACCUGGGAACGACGGUUAACAAUUGCAGCAGAAGUAGCUGCAGCCCUUUCCUACUUGCACUCGGCAGCCUCCAUUCCCAUUUAUCAUAGAGAUGUCAAGUCCUCAAAUAUUCUACUGGAUGAAAAGUACAGAGCAAAAGUUUCAGACUUUGGGACAUCAAGAUCAAUUGCCAUUGAUCAAACUCAUUUGACCACAAAUGAGAGAAGCUUAACAACUAAAGAAAAUGUCGCAGGUGUACUUUCCUGCUUGCACUCAGCAGCCUCCAUUCCCAUUUAUCAUCAAGAUGUCAAGUCCUCAAUUCUUCUACUGGAUGAAAAGUACAAGGCAAUAGUUUCAAACUUUGGGACAUCAAGAUCAAAGACCAUUGAUCAAACUCAUUUGACCGCAACUGUGAAGGGCACAUUUGGGAUGAAGGAAGUGGAAGCAAGAAGUUUGGCCUCACAUUUCAUUCUUUCAAUGGAAGAGAACAGACUCUCUAAUAUUCUUGACGCUUCAAUAAGGAAGAGUUCUGCACUUGAAGAGAUAACAAAGGUAGCUAAACGUGCAUAUCAAUGCUUGAUCUUGAGUGGUAAAAGGAAGCAAAAGAUGAUAGAAGUUGCUAUGGAGUUGGAGCAGUUUCAUCUUUUGCAAAACAAGUCAAAUGGUCAACAAAAUCAUGAAAAGCGUAGUUAUGUAAAAAUUGAAGUAACCAACGAAUGGGAUAGUGCCUCUACAGGUACUUUGUCAUUAGACAUGGAGCCAUUAUUUUCAAGUGAAUCAUGGGGAUCUUUAGAAAUGCAAGUGAUCUCAAAUACCAUAUGAGGUCUACAGGUUUCAUUUUAACUUAAUCAAAGUGAGACUUCUCCCACUUUAAUGGUUUAACUGCUUUAUCAUAUACAGAAUGCAUAUAUUCCAUCAUGUGGGGCUUAAUGCUCCCUCUCUUUUUUUCCCCUUCUGUGUUUGAAAAGUUUUAGUUCAUUUUAUUUUUGUUGCUUCAUUGUUCAAAUAAUGUUUCUUCACUACUUGGUUACAGUAGUUUUAUAUAAUGAAAGACUAAACUGUUACUGAACAUUUCACUUCCAGUUUUAAAUUCAUUGCCUCACAAAACCAUCAAGGUUAAAUCAAGUCCUCAACAUAUGAUAGAUGGCAUGUAUCUUUUAGAUUCGGUGCUACACACACAUUAAUAUGUGUGUGCUAGAUCUAUUUAAUCAUAAAGGGCUAGCACAAAGUCAUUUCCAAUUUUCAGUAUAACUACCCCGAAAUGCUCAAAUUUAGUUGUGGUCUAAGAUAUGAGGAUGCAAAGUACUUGUUUAUAAGAUGUAAGAUGAUUUAGAGUUUGGAUGCAUUGUUGCAAAUGCUGGAAUUUCAGUUUUGUAUGUCUGGUUCAAUUGUUGAUAUGGGUCUGUAGUUUGAGACUUAGAGUAUGCGUCUAGCAAUAUCAAAGUUAGAGAAUGGGGAAUCAUUUCUUUCUCUUUUUUUGGCUGCUACUGUCUGGUUGGAUAUCUUCGAGAACUUGCAAUGGGAAGAGGAGAGAAUUUUGGAGAUUAUUCAAGCAAGAUCAUUCGUGUGGAUUAAGGGUUGAGAGCUUCCAGUCCUUUUAGUGAUUAGUGUAUCAACCCCCAGUUUUUUGCAAAAGAUGUCUGUAAGUGUUGAGUGUAUUUGACAUCUUGUUCUUUGCAGUGUGUUCUGUGUUGUGCAGAGGACGAGUUACAAUGCUGCUGAAUACUCCGUGUGUCUGAAAAUAAUUAUUAUCUGAAUUUGAAUUUGCCUCAAAUUAAUUGUCAUUUUUUUA